UAAAAUGCUACCACUGACUAUUCAAUAUUUUCUUAGCAGUGAUACCAUGACAACCACCACAUGACCUGCAACAAACAUACCCAGUCUCCAGGGCUUUGCUUAAGAAGGCUCAGAGUGAUAUCACUCAUUCUUUAGAACAGCAUCAGUUAUAGAGACACUUUAUGUUAUUUAAGAUGCAUAGAGCCUACCAGCCAAGUUUACCUUGUGGCAACAAAUAUCUUCAGCAAAAAUGGGACAAAACAAACUAUGAAGAGCACAAGAAAAGGAUCCAGACAGCCAAACCUGUAGUGGACACCACUACUCCUUUAACAUAUGGCCAUCUUCACUUGAAGUUAAAGAAGCUAAAGCUUGAGAAGCAACGGCUUUCAGUCAUCGAAAGAGACAAUCAUUUGCUGCUGGAGAAGAUAUCCUGUAUCAUGAGGACGAAAGGGCGAAUUGAUAACAAAAAUUACUGUCAGGCCAAAAGUUUAAACAGGGAAAAGCGAGAGAAGGAACUACUGAGAGUGAGCCAAGAGAACCGAGCCAUUCUGGAUAGGAUUACAAAGUGUGAGCCUCAGUAUCAAGUUCAGAGGUGGCAUGAAGACUGGCAAAGGGCGGAAAAAUACAUGGACAGCAUUGCAAGAUAUCCUCGUGGGUGGUGUAAAUUGCAGAAUCGAAAGGAACAAAAAUUAAACAAGAAAGCAUCAAAACAAGAGAGAGAGAAAAGAGAUAAGCAACAGAAUGAUGAAGAUGUGAAAAGCAAGACAGAGGAGGGAGAAAAAGGGGACAUCCAAAGUGGAGAGGAAAAAGAUCACCAAGAGAGAGAGACUGUUUUAGAAAUGGUGUAAUUCCAACCAGUCCCCUAUCAAUACAGUUCAAGCAAUUUACAGAACUAAACAUGAGAUGGGGUAUGUGGGAGAGGCAGCUGCAAGAGUUUAUAUAGAUAUUAUCAUUUUAAAGAAGUUACUGUAAGUGUAGGUAUUAGGCACAUGUCUUUAUUAACAUAUAUAAAUUUCUUUAUAGUUGCCAGCAAACUAUAACUCUGCAUAAUGUUUCAUGAACGCAAAUGAAGUGAGAGCAAAGCUGGGAAAAUGAAUUGACUUUAUCACAGGUAAUUAAUCCAGCUGAUUAAAACCAGCUUGUUAAAAAUAAUUAUAUUUUAAUUCUCACAUUAGCAUCCAUUGGAGAUUCCCCAGUGAAGGCUGACUUAGAUGACAGCAAAUAGUUUAGAGCAGUGUUUUUUUUAAAAUGUGUUCAUAGGCUGGAUCCCCUCUUAAUAGAGAGAUGGCUGGGUGAACCACCUCCCUUCCUGUUCAUGAUCUCAUGUCAGCUUUGUGUCAGCUACAGCAAUUGCAUACAUGGAGAAGUAAUAUCAAUAGUACAUUAAGUAUUUUCCUAGUUUCUUUUCCUGGAAUUUAGAAGCUGGAAACAGAGAGGAGAAACAACAUUCUGUGAUCAGCCAACCAAUGCUUAAUUUGUGCCGGGGCUUGACAGCGUUGAGCCCAGCACCUCUAAGCUUGGCAGUUCAUAGCCCCAGCACCUCUGGGCUUGCGGCAUCAGUUAUGAAAGUAAAAAAUUUGCUUGAGCCCCAGCACUUCUUUCAUUACAAAUUAAGCCCUGGAGCCAGCUCUCUGUGUACCACCAGCAAGUGUUCUCCAGGCCACCACUAGUCCACAGCCUAUAAGAUGAGAACUCCUGGUCUAGAGGAUGCAUCCCCCUGCCUUUUUAUUUUUAAAUGUGAUACUUCAUGGAAAACACCUACUGAACCCACAAAAUAGUCUAAGCAUACAAAGCCAGUCAAGUGAAACUUCACUCCUCUUGGAGAAUAUAAAAUCUGAAGCCAAAUAACAGGGUGUAUUAAGAAGUAUUGGCUUUUGUUUUGUUGGAAAUAAAAAAGUUACAAACAUG